CCACCACCUCACCCAUACACCUUGCAACCCCAACCCCUCCCUUUGCACAACUUCCGCCAUGUCGACCGCUCUUGACGCCCUUAAGCAGUACACCGCCGUCGUCUCCGACUCCGGUGACUUCGAGUCCAUCGACGCCUACAAGCCGCAGGACGCCACCACCAACCCCUCUCUCAUUCUUGCUGCCAUCAAGCAGGAGAAGUACGCGCGCCUCCUCGAUGUCGCCGCAAAGUACGCCAAGGAGCAGGGCGGCAGCGACAAGACGGCGCAGAUCGACGAGGCGUGCGACCGCCUGCUCGUCGAGUUCGGCGUCGAGAUCCUGAAGCUCAUCCCCGGCCGCGUCUCGACCGAGGUUGACGCGCGCCUGUCGUUCGACAAGGAGGCCACCAAGGCCAAGGCGCACAAGCUCAUCAAGAUGUACAAGGACCAGGGCAUCGACAAGGACCGCGUGCUGAUCAAGAUCGCCUCGACGUGGGAGGGCAUCCAGGCCGCGCGCGAGCUCGAGGCCGAGAGCCAGAUCCACUGCAACCUCACGCUCCUCUUCGGCUUCGGCCAGGCCGUUGCAUGCGCCGAGGCCGGCGUCACGCUCAUCUCGCCCUUCGUCGGCCGCAUCCUCGACUACUACAAGAAGCAGACGGGCAAGGAGUACGCGUCGCACGAGGACCCCGGUGUCGUGUCGGUGCAGAAGAUCUACAACUACUACAAGCAGCACGGCUACAACACCAUCGUCAUGGGCGCCUCGUUCCGCAACAUCGGCGAGAUCAAGGAGCUCGCCGGCUGCGACUUCCUCACCAUCGCUCCGGCGCUGCUGGAGCAGCUGAAGAACGAGUCGGGCUCGCUCGAGCGCAAGCUCUCGCCCGAGAAGGCCAAGUCGGAGGACCCGCAGGCCAAGGUCUCGUUCGUCGACAACCAGGGCGACUUCCUCUUCGAGCUCGCCAAGGACGCCAUGGCGUCGACGAAGCUGUACGAGGGCAUUGCCAAGUUCGCCGAGGACGGCCAGGCCCUCAAGGACCUCGUCGCCAAGAAGCUCUAAGCGCGCCGUGCCCUGGUCUCCCUGCGAUCCCCCUUCUGUCAC